CUGACACAGUCCUUUCCAUACAGCACCACCCUUUACCGACGCAAUGGAGCCGAGAAACCUUGUGAUCUACCCCAGCGGAAAGGCUGCCAACAUGCCAUGCUAUACACAACUUGACAGCUGGCAGCUGGCAUUGUUACCAAAGUCGGGCACAGCGGCUACAAUGACUCGUUGACAACUGUCAAAUGUUUUCCCGUGUCGUCCGAAGCCUUGGAAUGCGACAAGUUACUAAUCUCGCAGAUAACAAGACUAUUCGUAUUUGUUUUACCCAUUCUGCGAGCGC